CACGACCUACGUUGCAUGGAAGCGUGUCCAAAGCCAUGAUUCCUGAUUCUGAAGCGGAAGCGGAGUCGGAAGCGGGUGGAAGCGGCCGGAAGCGUGUCGGAAUCGCGGUUCCGAAAAAACCAGAUUUGGAAGCGUAUUGGAAUCAAUGAUUCCUAGUUGGAAGCGUGUAAAUCUGAUUUUGGAAUCGUAAAUAAAAAAAAAAUUAAUAAAUGUUGUUAUGUUUUAUUUCCUUAACUGAAAACCCUAAUUAAAAAAAAAAGUGGAAACUCAAAAGACUACGACUCUGAGUCGUCAUUCUCAUCUCUUCUACACCUCAUAGUUGUUAUCUUUCUUCUUCUCUGUACUAAGAGUCUAAGACCAAACAAUCGAUCAAAGGUAAUUUUCUUUGGACUUUUGUUAAUUGUUAUAUUCUUCUUCUCUUGUAAAGAAACGUGAGACUUUGUAGCUUUUUAUAAUAUGGUUUGAUGAUUAGAUGGUUAGUAUUGGUUGAAACUAAAGCUGAUAAAUCUAAAGUUAAAGUCUUAUAUUAAUAUUAAACAAGUACAGAGAAUUUUUUUUUUUUUGGUGUUUCCUUGCGUAGAGUAAAGCGACCAUGAUCAUUAUGAUAAUUUUUUUUUUCAGAAGUAUGAACCCAUCUGAUAAUGAUGAUGUGGAUGACAAAGCACUCUUAUGGAUUUAUGUGAACAAGAUUGAAAAGAUAGUAGGAGGGGGAUCAUGGAGGUUUGAAUGCAAAUUUUGCAAUACAACGUACGUUGGAUCUUAUACUAGAGUUGUGACUCAUCUUAUACAAGAGGGAGUUAAGGGAAUCAAAGGAUGCUUGAAAGUUACUCCACAGCAAAGAGAUAACAUGAAGAAAUUGGUAAAUGAUUGCAAGGAGAGGAUAAAGCGUGCAGCUCCUACGCCAGUUCCAUUACCUUCAGCGUCAAGAAAGGCAUCUGCUUCUUCUCUUGACUAUGACAUGAGCUACAAAUUUCCUGAUACAGAUGAGGCUGGUUCAAAGAAGAGAAAAGGAAUGGAUUCAGCUUUAGGAAAAGCAUUUAACAAUCAGGCUAGGGAGCAAUGUGAUGGUGAAAUAUUUAGAAUGUUUUGUACAAGCGGGUUGUCUUUCAACGUUGCAAGAAAUCCUCACUAUCGCAACUCAUUUGUGCGUGCAUCACAAAUUCCUGGCUAUGUUCCUCCUGGUUAUAAUGCUUUGAGGACUACACUUCUCCAAAAAGAAAGAAAGAACCUUGAAGUGCACUUGCAGCCUUUGAAGGAUUCAUGGAAACAUAAAGGAGUUAGCAUAUGUAGUGAUGGCUGGUCAGAUCCUCAUCGAAGACCUAUCUUAAAUUUGAUUGCUGCAAACGAGAGUGGUCCAAUGAUGUUAAGAGCAAUCAACACUCAAGGUGAAACAAAAACUGGUGAGGUGAUUGCAGAAAUGAUCAUAGAAUGCAUUAAGGAGGUUGGACAUGAGAAUGUGGUUCAAGUACUCACUGACAAUGCUUCAAAUUGUGUUAAAGCUGGUGCACUUAUUUCAGCUAAGUUUCCUACUAUCUUCUGGACACCAUGUGUGGUUCAUACUUUGAAUCUUGCACUCAAGAACAUAUGUGCGCCAGUUUAUAAUACAAGAAGCAAUGGAGAUGUGUAUGAUGCUUGUUAUUGGAUAAAGUCUAUCAGUGAGGAUGUUACUUGGAUCAAGAACUUUAUUAUGAACCAUGGAAUGAGGCUUGUCAUGUUCACAGAGCAUUGUGAUCUUAAGCUCCUUACAAUUGCUUCUACAAGGUUAGUGUUCUCUCUUGUUAAGUUCAAUCUUAAUUAGAUUUUUUUUUUUAAAUAAGAUUAUUAAGUUUGUUUUUACAGGUUUGCUUCAACAGUUGUGAUGCUUAAGAGAUUCAAGAAAAUAAAAACCGGGCUACAACAAAUGGUGAUCAGUCCUAAGUGGGAUGAUUAUAAAGAUGAUGGUGUAGAAAGAGCAUCAGCAGUGAAGAAAAAGAUAUUAGAUGAGAUGUUCUGGGAUGAGAUUGAAUAUGCUUUGUCUUUCACUUUGCCGAUAUAUAGUGUGAUUAGAGCUGCUGAUACUGAUAAGCCUUCACUUCAUCUGGUUUAUGAAUGGUGGGAAACCAUGAUUCAGACUGUGAAAAAGGCUAUCUUCAGAAAGGAAAGGAAAGAACUUGAAGAUGACUCGGUUUUUUGGAAUGCUGUGCAAUCUAUUUUGAUAUCUCGUUGGAGUAAGAGUAACACUCCUCUCCAUUGUAUGGCACAUUCUCUAAAUCCCAAGUAACUUAUAAAUUUUAUUAUGCUUCAUAUGAUUUAUUAUCUUACAAACUAAAUUUAAACAGUUUUGAUAGUUAUUUAAAUAACAUUAUUAUUGUUUAUUUUGAUGGAUGCAGAUAUUAUAGCUCAGAGUGGCUUGGAGAAGAGAACAAUAGAAAAGCUCCACAUCAAGAUUUGGAGAUUACUAGAGAAAGAAAAAAUUGCAUCUUGAAGUAUUUUCCAAAUCAAGAUGAAAGUAGAGAGGUUAACAUUGAAUAUUCUAAUUUCUCUUUAAGUUUGGAAGAUUUUGGUAGUGUUGAUGCAAUCCAUGAUAGAUUUAUCUUAGAACCUUUAAGAUGGUGGGCAGUUCAUGGAUCUUCAGCUCCUAAACUUCAAGCCUUAGCAUUUAAGUUGCUUGGACAACCUUCUUCAUCCUCAUGUUGUGAAAGGAACUGGAGCACCUACAAGUUCAUCCAUUCUGCAACAAGAAACAAGAUUAUGCCACAAAGAGCUGAAGAUUUGGUAUUUGUGCAUACUAAUCUUCGUCUCUUAUCUAGAAGGAGUUCUGCUUAGAAAGAAGGUCCUAACAAGAUGUGGGAUGUUGGAGGUGACCAAUUUGAUACUUUGGAUGAGCUUAAUCUAGGAAGACUUGAGUUUGAAGAUCUUUCUCUUGAUGAACCAGAGCUAGAGGCUGUUGUGUUUGAUGGAGAAGAUGAUAAUGAGUGAAACAAUAGAUCUUUGACAUUGAACAUUUUUAUUUUUAGUUGAGUUGCUUAAUAUUUAAGACUUUGUUGGAUUUGUG